UUCUCAAAGCUAAAAACUCAAUUCAAAACUUGUUAGAGGCAUCCACUCCUAAAAUAAAAAUAACGAUCAAAGGAAAGAGGCCAGCAUCAAUUGUCCCAAAAUCUAGUAGAUCUCACGUAAUAAUUCAACGCAAUUUGAGCAAUCAACCUUUUUCGAUUCACGCAUACCACAAAGAGCAGUUAUCUUGCGGUAAUAAAAUUAUGAAAGAAAAUGUCUUCCUAUCAAAGAAACAAACGGCCAUAUGCAGAACAUACAAACUCUGACAAGAAUGUCAGAAGACGUGAUAUUUAUGGGCAAAUAUCGCCUGAUAAAAAAGAGGCAAUGUUACUACAACGCCGCACCAAAGAACUUGAGCGGCAAAAAUGGAAUAGUUCCAUAAAAUCGGCAGUUGAUCCACAUGAAAGAGUAAUGUAUCAACGUCACCCUAUGAUUCGAAAACAUACUGCUCUUAUCAUAAGAGAGGCUUCUUCUGUUGACGACGAAGUUGGAAGCAACUAUGAUGUUAAUACUUCCUCAAGUUCUUUUGAUAAAGGAAAAAAUGCCGCUCAUGUGUUUUCUGUAUUUGAAAGAGGUAAAGCUAGAACGUCUAUGAACAUCUUUGUUAGUACGCCACGGCUUAGGUGUACAUCUAAAUUGUGA